UCUUCCCCGAGCUCAGCUCAGAGGCUUCAAAGCGCAGCCACAGACUCCUGUGUGCGCAACUCUGCUGCGCCCUUUUCCCCCGCAAAGAGACGACAAAGUUUUUUCUCCCUGGAGAUGAAGCUUUCAGUGCUGUCCAAGAAGCUGUGGUGCGUCCGCAAGCAGCUGAUCCUCCUGCUCACUCCUCUGCUCUUCCUGCCUUUGCUUUUCACUCUGCCGGAAAAGGAGGGAAAAUGUCUUUACGUGGUGGUGCUGAUGGCGAUGUUUUGGUGCACAGAGGCUCUUCCUCUGGCUGUCACUGCGAUGCUCCCCAUCUGCCUCUUCCCAACACUGGGGAUUCUUUCGUCCAAAACUCUGUGUCCUCAGUAUUUCCUCGAGACCAACUUCCUCUUCCUCAGCGGCCUGGUAUUGGCUUCGUCGAUCGAGGAGUGGGGUCUGCAUCGCAGAAUCGCUCUGAAGGUCCUGAGUAUUGUUGGAGUAAAACCUGCCUGGCUCAUUCUGGGAAUGAUGGCGACUUCCGCCUUCCUGUCCAUGUGGCUCAGCAACACGGCCACGACAGCCAUGAUGCUACCCAUCGCUAAUGCUAUCCUGGAGAGUCUGUUUGGAGACCUGGAAACCCUGAAACAGAAGUGCAAGUCCAGAGAGGACCCAGACAGCGAUGGAAUAAAUGGUCAGUGUACUGUGAAGUUGCAUCCAUUGCCCUCUGAGCCCAUGGAAAAACAAAUACUGUCAACUGAAAGGAUGGAUGCGACAGAGCAGACUGACAGAAGGACAGCUGAGGAGAUCCGAUCAGAGGCGGAGUAUCAGAUGAAUGUAUGGAAAGGAUUCUUGAUCUGUAUUCCAUACUCAUCCAGUAUCGGAGGAACUGCUACGCUCACAGGCACGGCGCCCAACCUCAUCUUUAUUGGACAGCUGAAAAGCUACUUCCCAGACUGUGACGUGAUCAACUUUGGCUCUUGGUUUGCAUUUGCUUUCCCACUCAUGGUCGUCUUCCUGUUUUUGGGAUGGUUAUGGAUUUCAUAUCUCUAUGGAGGAUUGAAUACACGAUUGUGCUUCAAGAGAUAUGACGAGAGAGCCCAGGCAGAGGCCAGAGCCAGGGCUCUCAUAGAGGAAGAUUACCGGAAACUAGGGCCCAUAAAUUUUGCAGAGGGAGCCAUCUCUUUCUUUUUUGUGUUGUUUGCUGUUAUGCUGUUCACACGAGAUCCUAAAUUUGUCACCGGCUGGUCUGUGUUUUUCAAAAAGGGGUACGUCUCGGAUGCAGUCACCGGUGUGGUCAUUGUGUCCAUAUUGUUCUUCUUUCCCUCACAGAAACCCUCUCUGAGAUGGUGGUUUGACCCUCAAGCUUCAAACACUCCAUAUGUUCCUCUCUUAUCAUGGAAGAAAGCCCAGGACUCUAUUCCCUGGAAUAUCAUUCUUUUACUCGGAGGUGGCUUCGCUAUGGCCAAAGCUUGUGAGGAGUCCGGCCUCGCCGCCUGGAUCGGGGGCCACCUCCAACCUUUAGCCGAGGUCCCUCCUGCUGCAGCUGUGAUGCUCAUCACUGCUUUCCUGGCCACGUUCACUGAGUUUGCCAGCAACACAGCCACGAUUAUCAUAUUUUUACCCGUCAUUGCUGAACUGGCUAACCGCGUGUCAGUGAACCCUCUGUACUUCAUGAUACCUGCCACAGUUGGAUGUUCGUACGCCUUCAUGCUGCCGGUGUCUACGCCACCCAACUCCAUCGCUUUUGCAUCGGGACACCUCAUGGUCAAAGACAUGGUGAAGACUGGCUUUGUCAUGAACAUCCUGGGCAUUCUCUCAGUGGCUCUGGCCAUGAACACGUGGGGUGUCGCUAUGUUUAACUUGAACACGUAUCCGGAGUGGGCUCACGACGGCAACAACACUGCUGUUGUUACAGAUGUGCAUCUCUCGUCUGUCGCUUGGCUCAAUGGUACUCUCUGACCACUCACCCGAUCACAGCGUGAGCAUAAAUGGAGUAUCCCAAGGACUGUGUACAGAUUUAACACUAAACAGGGACAAGAGUCUGUCUGUAGAUGUCUGCACGGACACAAAAAUUCAAAAUACAAUGGCUUUUUAAUGAGUUUUUUUUAAUGAGGUUUUAUAUUCAAGCAUGGAGGACCAAACCUGCCAUAAUUAGAAAUUCCCCCCAAAAUAAAUGCAAUAAUAAAGAAAGUAAUAAUAAAGAAAAUUAGACUUAAAACUUAUGAAUUUAUGAGUAGAUAUACAAGUUAAUUUAAAGUGUGAAUAAAUAUGCCCAGAAAAUGAAUUGAAUACAAUAAAUUAACGUAUUACUCCUUUUUCUGGAGAAGUCGUUUUUUUCCCAUGGAAUUGGUCUACUGUCGGAGUUUUUGCAGCAGAUUGAAUAUUUUGUUCUCGAGUUGAGUCGCAAGUAGACGUAGGACAAAUUACCCAAAUUAUGGACUGACGGCAAAUAAUAUGUGCGGGAAGUAUCACCGCGCACAGAACACACCAGCAGUGGAAACGUGAAACGUGAAUACUGUAGCUUUGAGCUGCAUUGUCCUGCCACGAUAGUUAUUUGUUAUGAAUCUACCUGCAGCCUCAGAUGGGAUGUGCAUUAAUCAAACACCUGAGCUGAUCAGAGCCUCUACCUCUUCCCCCUCUCUCCACAGACUAUGUCUGUGUGUAUCUUUCACAUCUUUAUUACUGCUGUGGUUCUGUCUUUUUCGUCACCUACAUUAAUUAAUAAGUGUCUCAGACGUCGUCGUGUUGUUGUUGUUGUUGUUGACAGUAGUUAAUAAUAAUGUAUAUUGUGUGUUUACACAUAACUUAUACGUGUGUGAGAUCAGUUUCCAGACUGUAUAAAUCUGUCACUGGCACAUGUCAUGAUCUAUUACACGCUUAUUGCACACAGAAUAAGCAGAAAGAGCUCAAUGAGUUACUCGGUGGUAUCAUCUUUUCACUGUCACUGAUUAUGUUGUGGAAAAUGUGGAGAGCAGGGGCUGUGAUGGCGAUGCCACAGAAUUCCACUGCAGCCUAAGCCUUUAUCGGCUCUAAUUAGAAUAAUUCUUUUUAACUCUUUAACACCUAAGCCUCAAAAUGUCCAUCUGGUCUUUUUUUGUGCUUAUUUUAACCAUAAAAGGGGCCAGAAAAUGUCCUGUGAGUAAGUGCUUUUGCCCAUUUUUUUUACAGAAUAACUUUCAAUAUCUGGGGAUUAUUUACAAUUUACUGCAUGUUAAAAUAGUGUUUUAACAAUUUAUUUUAAAGUAGUUGUACAUGAAUACCAGAUUUUGCGCGUUAUACUUGAACAGUAUAACUCAUAUUUAAAACAUUUGUUAGAGUCUUUGUCUCAAUGUCCAAAAGAAGUCCAGAAAAGGAAACUAUGUACAAGUGUUUUUCCAACUCUCCACUCUCAACCACAUGUUGACCCUCAUAAUUACAGUAAUGCAAAGUGCGCUUGCAGAAAUGUGUCAUCUUCGAUAUGUUCGGUUUUAAAGGGUAAUGUUUUAUAAACAAACAAAAACAAGAAACAAUACUUUUUUCUUUUCUUUUUUUUUAAUAUCUGUGACUGCACAGAGAGCUGUUUAUACGAAAGGUACGACUAGACUGACCUCUACUGAAAGAAUGAGAGUGGUAUCUGUGAUAUUUGUUGUUUUAAUGAGCAAAAAUGAUUGUCUUUUCUGUAUAGUAUUAAAUGAGUAUGUAAUUGUUUUCACAAAGUGAUUCACGUUCGUACAGUUCAGCUACUAUUUUAAAUUCUUUGUUGUGGUAAUUUAGUCAAAUGUGGUUUGUGUAUUUGCUGCUAAUACCUACUUCUAACAGAUAUAUUAUUGAGGAAAACAACUUGUGGUCAGAUUGCAAGUUAACUGCUGUCUUUUGAGAGAAACCUAAAUAAAACACACAAUAAAUCACUCCAGGUUGAACAUAUUUGACAUAUUGUGGCCUCUGAAAGAGAGCCAGCGAGAGCACGGCGUUGUAAAUUCCUUACGAUACUCAUUUGGUGUUGUUAACUGUCUGGGGGACUGAUUUUUUACGAUCAACAAUGGCUAACUUGUGCGAGUUUGUGUGGUUAUUCAGUGUCGGCUGGGUCAGUGCGAUCGGUCCCAUGGUGUUACAAAAUAAACAUAGCUACAAAACUCUACAACCCUCCUUACACCUGGCAUUACAAAUGUGUUUUCUGUCAUCAGAUAACACUCGUGGGCCCAACCUGGCAACCAAGAUUUAUAGCUCUCAUAUCUAAAGCUACUGUAAGUUUGAAUCAUCACUUGUGAGUCGUAAUGAAUGUAAUUAUAGUGUUGUCUGCAUUGAUCAUAACUGGAACUGUGAUUCUACACUGAAUCCUAUCUGUGUGUACUGUGUACUGCAUGUGUGCAGUUUGUGUCUGGUGAGACUUUAAUGUAGUUUUGCAGCAAAACUUGACACACUUUCAAUAAAGAUGAAAAAUAAUAUA